AUGGCCCGCAUUCAGAACCUAAUUUCGGCUGUGCAGCCUGAAGUUGUGCAGUGGCGCCGCCACAUCCACGAGAACCCCUACCUGGCCUACGAGGAGCAGCCGACCGCGGAUUACGUGGCGAGCAUCCUCCAGGCAAUGCCGGCGCCUCUAGACAUACGGCGGCCGACGCCGAACAGCGUCGUCGCCGACCUACGUGGCGGGGCCGGGGAGGGGCCCAUGUACGCGCUGCGUGCCGACAUGGACGCGCUUCCAUUGCAGGAGGAAAGUGGCGAGCCGUUCAGCUCAAAGCGGCCUGGCGUGAUGCAUGCUUGCGGCCACGAUGCGCAUACAGCAAUGCUUCUCGGGGCCGUAAAGGUCCUUUGCCAAGUGAAGGACAAGAUUCGCGGCACCGUGCGGUUUAUCUUCCAGCACGCGGAGGAGGUAAUCCCCAGCGGUGCAAAGCAGCUCGUACAGCUUGGUGUGCUUGAGGGAGUCAAGAUGAU